AUGUCUAGUCAGCGUCUUGUCCUAGGCCUCCCACGUGUCUUGCCGUCGCUGCCGCCUUCGCCUGCGCCGCCGUGUCGUCCCUGCGUCGAGGGUAGGCUGCGCGCCACCCCUCACUCCUCCUCCCUUCGUCCAGCCACCGAGCCUUUUGAGACGCUUCACUUGGACGUCUGGGGCCCAGCCCCUUGUCUAGGCCCUGAGUGUGAGCGUUACUUUCUGGUGGUAGUUGACGACUUCUCCCGCUACACCACAGUGUUCCCUCUGGCGAAGAAGUCUGAGGUGACUUCUACGCUGAUCAGGUGGUUGCUCACCACUGAGGACACUCGUGGUCGUCGUGUCAGCUGUCUCCACUCCGACCGUGGGGGUGAGUUUCGCUCCGGCAUUCUCGCUGGAUUCUGUCGCGAGCAGGGCAUUCGUCAGUCCUGGACGCUUCCAGAGUCCCCACAGCAGAAUGGGGUUGCUGAGCGCCGCAUAGGCCUGGUCAUGGAGAUCGCCCGCACCUCCCUGACUCACGCCUGUGCCCCCCAUUUUCUGUGGCCCUACGCGGUCAGGUACGCCGCGCACCAGCUGAACCUCUGGCCACGUGUCUCUCGACCAGAGGUUUCACCGACCAGUCUUUGGACAGGGUCCCCUGGUGUUGCGUCGCGGUUUCGUGUCUGGGGGUGCUUGGCUCUUGUCCGCGACACCUCCGCGGACAAGCUCUCGCCUCGUGCCGUCCCCUGUGUCUUCCUUGGUUUCCCUGAGGACUCCUCUGACUUCACCUUUUACCACCCUCCCUCUCACCGGUUCUUUGACUCCCGUGACGUCCGUUUCGAGGAGUCCACUCCAUACUACGUCAGGUACCCCAGUCGAGGUCUCUCGGUUCCUCCUCCCCCCCUCUUCCUGACUGCCGUUCCCCCUCCUGCUCCUCCGGUACAGCCUCCCCCCCCUGGUCCAGCCCCGUCAGGUGUGUCCCAGGCUACCCCUCCUUCGGUAGCCCCUCCGGUACAGCCUCCCUCCCCACAGUCCUCCUCGCAGCGUGCCGCUGGUGCUAGCUCUCGAGAGGUUGGUGCGGCGCCUGUUCCUGUACCGGUUUCUGGUUCUGGGGGUGCUGGAGUUGGAGCUGGAGUUGGAGCUGGAGUUGGCACUGGAGUUUCUGGCUCUGGGGGUGCUGGAGUUGGAGCUGGGGUUGGAGCUGGAGUUUCUGGUUCUGGAGUUGGAGCUGACCCGGUGGGUGCAGAGGACUCUUGUCGUCCGGGAGCUGGUGCUGGCCGCGCGGACACUGGGGGUGCUGCGUCUGGGGGUGAGGGUGCGCCUCCUUCGGGUUCAGGUGAGCCUGGUUCUGGAGCUGGUGUUAGUGCUGCCUCUGGGGGUGGUGCGCCUAGUUCUUCUGAGGUGGACUCUGGAGCUGCCGCUGCUUCGGACACUACUCCACCCCCCCACCCCUACCCGACUAGGCACCAGGCUCGUGUUCGCCGUGCCCGUGACGAGCAGCUGGCGUUGGAGAGAGAGGAGAGGGAGUUACAGCGGCUGGAGGAGCAGCAGCAGCAGCUGGAGCCGCAGGAGCAGCAGCACCAGCAGCAGCAGCUGGACCCGCAGGAGCAGCAGUCCCAGCAGCAGCCGCGUCUGCAGCAGCAGCAGUCGCAGCCGCAGCAGCAGCAGCCACUUCCUCCUCCUGUCUCGGGUCUUCGGAUCCUUGGUCUCCCCUCCCCUUCUCCUCCCUCCUCCGCCUCUCCUCCUGUCUACGGUCCCACGUUUCCUCCUCCUGACUCCUCCCCCGCUGUUUUCCCCAGUUCUCCGCCUUUGUCCUCUCCUCCUCCGUCUCGUUCUUGGGCUACUCGUCGCUCCCCUCGUGCUCGUCCCUCGUCUCCUGUUCCCUUCACUGACCUUCGUACUGCCUUCCUUCUUUCUAGUCCACCUCGUCCGUCUCAGUCUGUGCUUCCGUCUCCUCCUGAGUCGGCCCUCACUGUGUCGCUCCCUACUCCUGUCACUGACUACUACCGCACGUACCGUCCUGUUCUCUCUCGUGUUCUCGCCUCUCUUGUUACUCACCCUCGUGCCUCUGUGUCCUCUGUGUCCGCUCUUACUGCCGCAGUUACUGACUUUGCCUCUACCCGCCGCCUUGACUACGCCACCACGCUUGUGGCUGCUCCUCCUACCAGUCCUCUGGCCGUCGGGGGUGUGUCUGCCCUUGGCUGUGACGCCCUAGAGGACAGGCAGUUUGAGCUAGAGUUCCUGGCGGCCGCUUCCCCUCAUCUCUGUGCCAUGCUCCUCGCCCCUGAGGGUGACCCCGACGCCCUUGACAUUCCGACUCCUCGCACUUACGCUGAGGCAGUGUCAGGGCCUUGGGCCUCUCAGUGGAGAGCUGCCAUGGACGCAGAGAUGGCCUCCUACAGAUCCACAGGCACCUACGUCGAUGAGGUUCCCCCCCCUGGGGCGAACGUAGUCGACGGCAUGUGGAUCUACAGGGUGAAGCGGCCACCGGGAUCUCCCCCGGUCUUCAAGGCGCGCUACGUGGCUAGAGCACAGAGAGACUACGAGUUACACUCUCUCGACUUCUCCACUGCUUUCCUUCAGGGCAGCCUACACGAGGAGGUCUGGUUGCGUCGUCCCUCGGCCUUCACUGGCACCUUCCCUCCUGGGACCCAGUGGAGGCUGAGGCGACCUGUUUACGGUCUUCGCCAGGCCCCUCGUGAGUGGCACGACACUCUGCGUUCUACCCUCUCUGACCUUGGGUUCCAGCCGUCUUCUGCCGACCCGUCGCUGUUCGUUCGUCGUGGCUCCACACCGUUCUUUGUUCUGGUCUACGUCGACGACCUCGUUUUCGCCACUUCGGACAGGGUUGCUUUGGCAGACGUGAAGUCCGAACUGCAGAAGAGACGCACGUGCACUGAUCUUGGUGAGCUGCGCCACUACCUUGGCCUGCAGAUCACCAGGGACAGAGCCGCUCGCACCAUUACACUCUCACAGUCACACAUGGUGCAGCAGGUCCUUCAGCGGUUCGGGCUUCAGCACUCCACCGUACAGCGCACACCUCUAGCUGUUGACCACAGACUCACUGGUCCCUUUCCUGACGAGCCGUUUGAGCCUAGUGGUCCCUACGCAGAGCUUGUGGGUUGCCUCAUGUACCUGAUGACUUGUACUCGCCCGGACCUCGCCUUCCCUCUCAGCAUCCUUGCGCGCUUUGUUGCGCCAGGGAGACACCGUCCUGUUCACUGGACGGCAGCUGUGAGGGUGGCGAAGUACCUAGCGACUACAUCAGGCGUGGGGCUAGUUCUUGGAGGGCAGCAGUCUGUCGUACUCACUGGUCGCUGUGACUCCUCUUACGCUGACGACGCUGAGACUCACAGGUCUACUCAGGGGUACUGUUUCAGUCUGGGUUCUGGAGCUGUUUCCUGGCGUUCCACGCGCUCCUCUUCUGUCUCGACCUCUAUAGCUGAGGCUGAGAUUUACGCUGGUGCCAUGGCGGCACAGGAGUUACGGUGGUUGACCUUCUUGCUCGCCGACCUUGGUGAGCGGCCGAGCUCUGCACCGACCUUGUUUACUGACAGCAAGGCGUCGAUCCUCCUCUGUCGUGAGCCGCGACUGGAGAGCAGAGUGAAGCACAUUCACGUCAGGUACUUUCUUCUGCGAGAGUUGCAGAGGCGUGGACAGGCUCGCUUCGAGUUUGUAGAGUCCGAGGCCAACACUGCAGACAUCUUCACCAAGGCGCUUCCGCCUUGUGACCACCAGAGGUGUUGUGUGCAGUUAGGCCUUGUUGACACAGGUUCUAGUCAUGCGUAG